AUGUAUCCGAAUUCGUACGCCUACCCCCCCGCGAACGGUGCGGAGCAUGUGCCUGCUCCUGAAGGCCCGGCUGCCCUGUCGAACCCCACCUCGUUUGAGCGCAUGUACCGCGGUCAGCUUGCCCAGCUCACGUUUAACUCGAAGCCGAUUAUUACCAACUUGACACUCAUUGCACAGGAGCAUAUGCAUCGCAUGUCUACCCUGGUGGCCAAGCUGAUUGAUGCGCACAUUAUCACGGCGCCACCGGCCUACCGCCUGCCGUCCAUGUAUCUCUUGGACUCGAUUUCCAAAAACAUUGGGUCGCCAUACACGGAGCUGUGGGCACCCCGCGUAGCGACUCUGUUUCUAGAGUCGUACCGUGUCGUGGACCAGCCCACCAAGCGCCGCCUGGAGGAGCUGCUCGCGACUUGGCGCGUUGCUGGGCCGGACAAGCGGCCUCUGUUUGGCGACGCGGCGCAGCAAGGCAUCGAGCGUGCUCUGUUUGGCAGCGCGGGCGGCCAGCCGAAGCAGGCACAGCCGACCCAGUCGCAAGUCCUUGCGAACAUCGAGCGGCUCCUCGCUCUCAAGGCCCAGGAACGGUCGCGUAACCCUGGCGACGAGAGCGUGGGCGAGCGCAUGCAGACCUUGCGUGAGCUGAGGGAAAAGGUCCAAGAUAGCGAACCCAUUCCCGAGCUCCUUGCCGAAGUGCAAAAGGAGCUCGAUGCGAUUGCAAACAAGCGCCAGACUACGCCGGCGGUUGCGACGCCUCCGCCGGCUGCGGCGCCGACCCCUAGCGCGGCGCCCACAGCAUCGGCCUCGGAGCUGAUUGCAAACCUGAUGCGCGCCGGCCUGCUGCCAUCCGCGCAGGCCGUGCCAGCGGCGGCAGCAGCGGUGGUGCCUGUGCCUACUAAGGCGAGCCAGGACAAGGCGUACACGGACUACAUCCUAUCGCUUGACCUGCGUCUCACAACGCUCGACCUGUCGCGGCAGCCGCCGGAGCUCGAGCUGGUCGUCCAGGAGAACCUGCCUCUGCCGUGCCGCCAAUGCGCCAACCGAUACCCCGAUGGCGUCGCAGGCAAGAAUGGACUCGACUACCACCUCGACUGGCAUUUUUCCCAAAACCGCCGCGCGCGUGCGAGCAUGGCGCGUGGCCAGAGCCGGUCGUGGCUCGACCCCGUCGCCCGCUGGGUGCGCUCUGGCUUUGACGACGUCACGGAGCACAACACCAACGAGGAAAGCGGCGCGGUAAUCAGCCCCGCUCAGGAGCAGGCGCUCAAAGAAAAGUUUGCCAACACCUAUGUCGUCGUGCCCGACGACCCCGAAAUUGCGGCACGCCCUUGCCGCAUCUGCAAGGAAAAGUUCCAGAGCGAGUGGAGCGAGGACGUGGAAGAGUGGAUCUGGAAGAACGCCGUCGAGAUCGACGGCGCAUACCUGCACGCCUCGUGCUACUACUCGGCCAAGUCCAUGUCGGAGAGCGUCAAGGGCGAGGCCGAGGCGCCGGCCAAGCCUGUGGUAGCGCCGCUGGAAGCGCCGCGCGUCGAGGCCGAGGCGCCUCAAGCGACCCCCAUCAAGGAAGAGGACGGGCUCAAGGAAGAGGACGCGGCGACGCUCAAACGCAAGGCGUCGCCCGCCGAAGAGCUUCCGCAGAAAAAGGUUGCGAGCGACGAGGCGCCGGCUGCGUCGCCCACCGAGGCCGCCUAA